CAAUCACUGCACACCCACCCACAGCAGCAGACAAAAAAAUUUGCCAGCCACGCGCGCAACCGCUUGCUCUCACCUUUCUUUCUUGCUUGCUUUCUUGCUCUCUCUCUCUCUUGUGUGCGCGUGUGUCUCUUGAUUCUGCCUUUUUCCCUUUGGUCGCAUCCGCGUGCACAUCACCCUUCAUCCACCUGCCGGUCACCCACCCUCCCUUUUCACCCCUCCCACGAGACAACCGCCACCAUGGUGCAUUUCACAGUGAGCCAGAUCCGUGAGAUCAUGGACAAGCGUCACAACAUCCGUAACAUGUCUGUGAUUGCCCACGUCGAUCACGGCAAGUCCACCCUCACGGACUCGCUCGUGUCCAAGGCCGGUAUCAUCGCCGGUGCCAAGGCCGGUGAGACCCGCUUCACGGAUACCCGUGCCGAUGAGCAGGAGCGCUGCAUCACCAUCAAGUCCACCGCCAUCUCCCUGUACUACGAGCUUGACGAGAAGGACAUGGUCUUCGUCAAGCAGGAGAGCCAGGGCAACGCCUUCCUCAUCAACCUCAUCGACUCCCCCGGGCACGUCGAUUUCUCGUCCGAGGUGACGGCCGCCCUCCGCGUCACCGAUGGCGCCCUCGUCGUCGUUGACUGCGUCUCCGGCGUGUGCGUGCAGACCGAGACUGUGCUUCGCCAGGCCAUUGCCGAGCGCAUCAAGCCCAUCCUCUUCAUGAACAAGAUGGACCGCGCUCUCCUCGAGCUCCAGCUGGAGAAGGAGGACCUCUACCAGACGUUCCAGCGCAUCGUCGAGAGCGUCAACGUCAUCAUCGCCACCUACGGUGACGACGACGGUCCCAUGGGCCCCAUCCAGGUCGACGUCGCCAAGGGCACCGUCGGCUUUGGCUCCGGCCUCCACGGCUGGGCCUUCACCCUCAAGCAGUUUGCCGAGAUGUACUCUGCCAAGUUUGGCAUUGACAUUGAGAAGAUGAUGUCCCGCCUCUGGGGCAACCAGUUCUUCAACGCCAAGACCAAGAAGUGGCGCAAGUCCGAGGGCGACGGCUUCCAGCGUGGCUUCAACAUGUUCGUGCUCGACCCCAUCUACAAGCUCUUCGACGCCGUCAUGAACUUCAAGAAGGACAUGACCGCCAAGCUCAUCGAGAAGCUCGACAUCAAGCUCCAGGGUGACGAGAAGAGCCUCGAGGGCAAGCCCCUCAUGAAGGUCAUGAUGCGCCGCUGGCUCCCCGCCGGUGAGGCUCUCCUGCAGAUGAUUGCCAUCCACCUUCCCUCCCCCGUCACCGCCCAGGCCUACCGUAUGGAGAUGCUCUACGAAGGCCCCCACGACGACGAGGCCGCCCUUGGCAUCAAGAACUGCGACCCCGAGGCCCCUCUGAUGAUGUACAUCUCCAAGAUGGUCCCCACCUCCGACAAGGGCCGCUUCUACGCCUUCGGCCGUGUCUACUCUGGCAAGGUCGCCACCGGCCUCAAGUGCCGCAUCAUGGGGCCCAACUACGUGCCCGGCAAGAAGGACGAUCUCUUCAUCAAGAACAUCCAGCGCACCAUCCUCAUGAUGGGCCGCUACAUUGAGCCCAUUGAGGACGUCCCCGCCGGUAACAUUGUCGGUCUCGUCGGCGUCGACCAGUUCCUCGUCAAGACCGGUACCAUCACCACCUCCGAUGCCGCCCACAACAUGAAGGUCAUGAAGUUCUCCGUCUCCCCCGUCGUCCGCGUCGCCGUCGAGGCCAAGAACCCCUCGGACCUCCCCAAGCUCGUCGAGGGUCUCAAGCGCCUUGCCAAGUCCGACCCCAUGGUCCAGUGCAUCAUCGAGGAGUCUGGCGAGCACAUUGUUGCCGGUGCCGGUGAGCUCCAUCUCGAGAUUUGCCUCAAGGAUCUCGAGGAGGACCACGCCCAGAUCCCCAUCAAGAAGUCCGAGCCCGUCGUGUCCUACCGCGAGACCGUCUCCGAGAUGUCCAACAUCAUGUGCCUCUCCAAGUCCCCCAACAAGCACAACCGUCUCUUCAUGAAGGCCGAGCCUCUCGCCGAGGGUCUCGCUGAGGCCAUUGAGGACGAGAAGGUCACCUCCAGGCAGGACCCUAAGGAGCGCGCCCGCUACCUCGCCGACAACUUUGAGUGGGACCUCACCGAUGCCCGUAAGAUCUGGUGCUUCGGCCCUGAGGGCACUGGCCCCAACGUCGUCGUCGAUGUCUCCAAGGGUGUCCAGUACCUGAACGAGAUCAAGGACAGCGUCGUCGCUGGUUUCCAGUGGGCCACCAAGGAGGGUGUGCUCGCCGACGAGAACAUGCGCGGCAUCCGCUUCAACAUCUACGAUGUCACCCUGCACACCGAUGCCAUCCACCGCGGUGGCGGCCAGAUCAUCCCCACCGCCCGCCGCUGCAUGUACGCGUGCUGCCUCACCGCCUCUCCCCGCCUCAUGGAGCCCGUCUUCCUUGUCGAGAUUCAGUGCCCAGAGAACGCCAUUGGUGGCAUCUACGGUGUCCUCACCCGCCGUCGUGGUCACGUCUUCGAGGAGAACCGCGUUGCCGGUACCCCCAUGUACAACGUCAAGGCUUACCUGCCCGUCAUGGAGUCCUUUGGCUUCGACUCUGCCCUCCGCGCCGGUACCGGUGGCCAGGCCUUCCCCCAGUGCGUCUUCGAUCACUGGCAGGUGCUCACCGCCGAUCCUCUCGACCCAUCCUCCAUUGCCGGUCAGAUUGUCAACAAGUCCCGUACCCGCAAGGGUCUCUCCCCCGAGCCCUUCCCUCUGGACAAGUACUACGACAAGCUCUAAGCUCCCCCGUGCUGUUUUGUUUGUGGAUAGUCUUGGUCCUUUCGGGUGUCGUGUUGUGCAUCCAUGUUGGUGUCGUCUUCCCCUUCUUUACGUUGCGCUCCUACUAUACUCUGCCCUUUCUUCCUUCUUCUCCACGCUGUUCUGUCUGUGUUUUGUGUUGCUCUAUGCGACUCUUUACGACCAAACCAGCAAUGUUCGGUCGGUGACGUGUCUUGUGCGUGUGCGUCAUUUGCGUCAUUUGUGCUGCCGCUGUGCUCGUUCUCUGCUGUCUUCGUCGCUCUCCAUGCUCUCUCGUUUGGUAUGUGAAGGAAGUCAUCUCAGGCGACCAGCUCACCACUGAUGAUGUUUUAAAGGCUUUCACGCCUUGUCAAGUACACGGGCAGCCCUCGGCAAAUCCUCCGCAA